AUCUCAUUUUACAUUCGCAAAAGUGAACUGGUGUACGAAGCGUCAACAUUACUACACUGUAUAGAAUUCUCGAAGGCAACUCAAGUCGCCCUGACAGUGGACGAUUAUAACAGCCGAGGAAAAACUAUUACACACGUUCUAUUUAAAUAAACCGUGUCGGUCGUCGACACAUCAUUUUGUGGAAUGAUUUCCGAGCUGUCCAAUCCCUCGGUGUGUAUGCGGGACCCCCAGAGAGUCCAGGAGAUUCUGCAGUCCAUGCUGAAGGCGGGUUCAAACACGUUACAGGUUAUCUCAGACUUUGACAUGACUCUCACGAGAUUUGCGUUUAAUGGGAAACGAUGCCCCACCUGUCACAAUAUUCUCGACAACAGCAAGCUAAUCUCUCAAGAAUGCAAAGGACAGUUGAAGGAUUUGUUGAACACGUACUACCCCAUCGAGAUCGACUCGUCGCGCUCCAUCGCCGAGAAGCUGCCACUCAUGGUGGAGUGGUGGACCAAAGCGCACGAGCUGCUGGUGCAGCAGAACAUCAGGAAGGACCUGCUGGCCGCGGUGGUGCGCGAGUCCGAUGCCAAGCUCAGGGAGGGCUACCAGCUGUUUUUUUCGCAGCUGCACCAGCACAGCAUCCCGCUGCUCAUCUUCUCCGCCGGCAUCGGAGACAUCCUGGAGGAGGUCAUCCGCCAGGCCGGAGUCUUCCACCCCAACGUCAAGGUCUUCUCCAACUACAUGGACUUUGACCAGUCCGGGGUGCUGAGGGCCUUCAAGGGCGAGCUGAUCCACAUCUACAACAAACGGGAGGGCGCCCUGCUCAACACGGGUCACUUCCAGGAGCUGCGAGCCCGACCCAACGUGCUCCUGCUGGGAGACUCCCUCGGCGACCUGACCAUGGCCGACGGCGUGCACGACAUGGAGAACGUCCUCAAGAUCGGCUUCCUCAACGACAAGGUGGAGGAGAGGAAGCAGUCCUACUUGGACUCGUACGAUAUCGUGCUGGUGAAGGACGAGACCCUGGACGUGGCCAACGCUGUGCUGCUCUACCUCACUGGGAACAAGUGACCCCACUUUAUAUUUAGGGACACAUUGGACACUCCCUUUUUUUGUUUUUUUGUUUUUACUAAAAGUCAUAAUGUCCACACGCUCCUUCCUUUUUGUUAACACACGAUACUCUUCAUAAGCACAAACAUGGCGCUACUUAGAGAAAAUGCCAGGCACAUUUUGUUGUUUGCUGCUUUGUAAGGAGGUCUCUCCUAUUUGUUUCAGUUCUGUACUGUACACAGUGUUGCCAACCUCAAAUAAAAUGUGCUGUCAUUUUGUCACCUCUGUACAGAGAACACUUCUUUAUU